CGGAGCGGGGGAGGGUGCGGGGGGGAGGCGCGGCGGAGGGGGCGACGCCAAGGGGCCGCUCCGUCCUCCUCCCACCGUGCUUCCCCUCGGCCGCCGCCGCCGCCGCUUCUUCUUCUUCUUCUCCUCCUCCUUCUCCUCCUUCUUCUCGUCGUGGUGGUCGUCCUUCUCCGCGCCCCGGCCCCCGCCCGCCGCCCCCAUGCAUCCCUUCUACAGCCGCGCCGCCAGCAUGAUCCGCGAGAUCGCCGCCGCCGUGGCCUUCAUCUCCAAGUUCCUCCGCACCAAGGGGCUGACGAGCGAGCGGCAGCUGCAGACCUUCAGCCAGAGCCUGCAGGAGCUGCUGGCCGAGCAUUAUAAACACCACUGGUUCCCAGAGAAGCCCUGCAAAGGAUCGGGUUACCGCUGCAUCCGGAUCAACCAUAAAAUGGACCCCCUGAUCGGACAGGCGGCCCAGCGCAUCGGACUGAGCGGUCAGGAGCUGUUCCGGCUGCUCCCCAGCGAACUGACCCUGUGGGUCGACCCCUACGAAGUGUCCUAUCGCAUCGGGGAGGACGGCUCCAUCUGCGUCCUCUACGAGGCCUCGCCCGCGGGAGGCGGCGCCCAGAACGGCACCGGCGUGCAGAUGGUGGACAGCAGGAUCAGCUGUAAAGAGGAACUUCUCUUGGGCAGAACGAGCCCUUCCAAAAACUACAAUAUGAUGACCGUGUCGGGUUAAGAUACGGUCGGAGGACGGGUCGUCUUACGGAUGGAUCGAUUUGAUUUCGAUUUUUUUUUUUUCCGAUUUUUAUUUUUUGUUUUUUCCCCCGGCUUUGGGUGGGCUCCUCUUGGGGAUGGAUUAUGGAAUUUAUACCGUGUCACGGCUGUGAAGAUCUGGCACGGGGUAGAAGGGUCGGUUUUUAAAGCGACGGUGCCAUAGUCUGGACGGUACCUCUCGGUGAUCUGGUAGCCCGUGAGUCCAAAUAAACGACCGCUCUCGUCCGCUAGGGAGUGAAGUCUCAGGGUGGAUUCGGCCUCUCCCCUCUGACUCGACCUCUCCGUCGAUUCCUUCGACUCGGACCCGUAUCCGCCGCCCCCUCCGCGGUAGACCUCGCGGAGCGGAUCCUUGCGCCGUCGCGUCCGUAGGGCGUUCUAGGUCGACCCUCCCGGCGGCUCGGUGGCGGAGCUCGAGCGUUCGGACGCGGCGGUGCCGGAAACCGUACGACAGACUCUUACCUAGCACUUACGAUAUGUAUAAAUGUACAUAAGACGGUCGAUCUAGCGAGCGCGACCCGGGGGAGACGGUCGGGGCCCCGUGUCUUCGGCCUCGGAAGUAGCGGGCCGCCGGAAUCUGCCGCGGCGACAGGCUUUAAAGAGACCAGAUAAAGACACCGUCUGAACUGUGGUGUGCGUUUAGCGCCGGCCAGCUCUCUGUACAUUUGCUAGCUUGUAGUUUUAUAAGACUGAGUAAACUUCUUAUUUUUAGAAAGUGGAGGUCUGGUUUGUAAUUUUCCUUGUACUUAAUUGGGUAAAAGUCUUUUCCACAAACCGCCAUCUAUUUUGUGAACUUUGUUGGUCAUCUUUUAUUUGGUAAAUUAUGAACUGGUGUAAAUUUGUACAGUUCAUGUAUAUUGAUUGUGGCAAAGUUGUACAGAUUUCUAUAUUUUGGAUGAGAAAUUUUUCUUCUCUCUAUAAUAAAUCGUUUCCUAUCUUGGCAUUUUAA